AUGGCAGCAAGAGAAUAUACGAUCGAUUUCACCAAGGUCAACAGCCAACCACCGAACUGGACACUAGCCGAUCAGGCUGUCGUCAAGUAUGGUGGAUCCAACGGUGCCGAAUUCACCUUUGCUAAGCGUACUGAUGCACCCUACAUCUGGACCAGCUUUUACAUGCUUUUCGGCCGUGUCGAAAUCACCGUCCAAGCGGCACCAGGUCAAGGCAUGAUCACUGGCGCGGUUCUGAUGUCUGACAUCCAUGAUGAGAUCGAUUGGGAGUGGAGCGGAAGCAACUUCAAUUCAAACACAGGGAAGGUGCAGACCAACUAUUUCGGCAAAGGCAUUACAGGCAACUACGACCGUGGCACCCAACCCGCAGUUGACUCACCAACAGCUAAGUUCCACACCUACGUAAUCGACUGGACACCUGACGAGAUCGUAUGGUCAAUUGACAGCAAUGUCGUCCGUACUCAGAAGAGUUCGGGCGCAGAUGCUGGUGCUUAUCAACAUCCUCAGACCCCCUCCAGACUCCAUCUCGGUAUCUGGAAUGGCGGCGACAAGGACACCAACCCUGGUGUCGUACAUUGGGCUGGUGGAUAUACCGACAUGUCCAAGGUACCAUAUACUGCAUAUUUCAAGAGCGUGAAAAUUUCUACCCCAAACCCCUGUUCGAGUUGGGAAUUUCCCGCUGGGUUCAGUGGUAAGUGGCAGGAUGUCAAAUGUACCAACCAGACCUUGACCCCUCCUGUCAAAAACCUGCCUUGUACGUAUAAUGUCACUACCGGCGAUUACGGCUAUGGCAUCGCACAGAAGCUUGGAAUUCCAUUCCCCGACCUCGAAAAAGCAAACCAACCUAUCAACUGGGAUAAGCUCGAGCUCGGUAAGACCCUCAAGGUGCCUGGCGGCAAUUGCUCGCAGGGUGCUGGUACUGUGCCACCUCCUUCAAACCAAGAUUCACCAUUCAAGAAUGGCACAAACCAGGUCUUAAAUACCACUGUCGCGGCUCCAUCUACCACACCACCGUUUGCCAACACUACUACGCCCUAUCAGAAUACGACCACCGCGGCUUUUGGAAAUACCUCUGUUCCAAUCACAACGACUCCGACGUCUGCUUCGUCGAGUGUCUCGAGUGCCAGCUCUACUUCUGCCGCUUCUAUGGCGCAGUAUAUUUGUCAGAAGGGUGACUAUGGCCAUGCUAUUGCGCAGAAACUAGGCUGUAGUUUUGAUGAUCUCGAAAAGGCAAACCCAAAUGUCGACUGGGACAAGCUGUUCAUCGGCCAGGUCCUCAACUAUCCCAAACCAGUCUCUUCUGGUAUCUCUAGCAUACCUUUCGCCAACUCCACUUCUGCUACACUUACUAGUGGCACGACGACUAGCGUUGUAGCUAGCACUACUACGCCCAUUCAGACCAUCUACAUGGUAGCCAAGGGCGACUACUGCGAGAAGAUCAUCGAGAAGCUCCAGUGCAACCAGGCCGAAUUCACCAAAGCCAAUCCUGGCAUAGACUGCAACAAGGUGACAGUGAGUCAACCAAUCACCGUACCAACAAAUGCCCCAUCGUGCUCGGUCUGCAAUGUCAACACUGCAAAUAUGAAUACAACAACGACCAACACCAUGACCAAUGUCCACACUGCGACAGUUACUGGCUCCACCGAUGUCAAGCCUGUUGGCUCCAAUGCCACCUCGUGCUACACAUAUACUGUGGCGAAGGGUGACUAUGGUGUCAAGAUUGCUGAGAGCUUCGGCAUUACCUUUGCCGAGCUGGAGAAAGCCAACCCCGGUAUCAAUUGGGACAAACUGUGGAUUGGUACUGUGUUGAAAAUUCCCGGCAUGCCGACGAAGAAGCCUGCAAGCGGUGUCGGUAGCCGCAUCGGUUGCCAGCAAUUCGACAACUCCGGCAAGCUCUGUGGCUCCCACGGCAACAGCGACAUCUACAACGAUGCCCAAGACGACAUCAGUGUCGACAACACCUGCUUCACAACUAGCUAG